AUGCGCGGCUCCCCCCGGCGGAAUGGGCCGGCCUCGGCCUCGUCUCGCCCCGGCCGGCCCCGCUGCCAGCACCGCCCCCGCCGGCGGAGGUGUGAAAUGGCGGCGGGUAAUGUCAUGGCGGCGCUGCUGUCGCGGACCCUCAGCUGCCGCUCCUUCCGCCCGCUGCUAGGGCGGGCGGGGGUCGCCACAGGAGGCCCGCGGGGCUGGGGAGGGCCCGGCCGGAGCCAGGUGCUUAGAAAAAGCCCUAAAAGGGGGGUUGCGCUCUCAGCGGGGUCCUUCUUGGUUUAUGAAGCUUCCAAGCUGGUUUCUGGCUUUGCUGAGGUUCAUGCAAGUUUCAAAGUGGCAGAAGUUAUAGAGCAAGCAGACUACCUGUACGGGAGUGGAGAAACUGAAAAGCUGUAUCGGUUGCUGGUUCAGCAUAAAGAUAGUGAGGAUGCAGAGUUACUGUGGCGGCUGGCACGAGCAUCACGAGAUUUAGCUCAGCUAAGUAGUACUUCUGCAGAGGAGAAAAGACAACUGGUGUAUGAAGCCCUUGAGUAUGCAAAAAAGGCACUUGAAAAAAAUGAAUCAAAUUUUGCAGCACACAAGUGGUAUGCCAUUUGUAUCAGUGAUGUCGGAGAUUAUGAAGGAAUCAAGGUUAAAAUUGCAAAUGCCUUUGUUAUCAAAGAGCAUUUUCAGAGAGCCAUUGAACUGAAUCCAAAGGAUGCAACAUCAAUUCAUCUUAUGGGCAUUUGGUGUUAUUCCUUUGCUGAAAUGCCAUGGUACCAACGAAAAAUAGCUGCAAUGCUAUUUGCAACACCUCCAACUUCCACUUAUCAAGAGGCUCUGCGUUACUUCCACAUGGCAGAGGAAGCUGACCCAAAUUUCUACAGCAAAAAUUUGCUCUUUUUGGGGAAGGCAUAUUUGAAGUUAAACAAUAAAAAGAUGGCUCUUCUGUGGUUAAGCAAAGCAAAGGAUUAUCCAGCACAUACCGAAGAGGACAAACAGGUACAGAAAGAAGCUUUGGAGUUGCUUAAUUCUAUAUAACAAGAAACAAGAUACUGGGAAUUCAGUACCUCAGAAACUAGUACCUGCACAAAGGAAAGUGAUCUGGGUACCAAGUGAAGAUCAGUGGUUGUUUAGAAGAAAGCAGUUGCUGACUUCCUUGCAGGAAAAAAGGAACACACAGCACCUGUGAACUAUAGCAUAGCUCCCUCCAGUAGUAUUUCCAUGUCAGUGUCUGAGCCCAAGCCUUUGCUGCUUGCCUGCUCUUCAGAUGCCUCUUCCUCCCUGGCCUAAGUGCAGCUGAAUUAUGGGCAACACAGAUGGAAAAGAAAUGGCAAUGCAGUAUUACUGGAAGUCUCAGCUCUGGAUAUCCAAGUUAACUGCAUGCACCUGCACAAGUACAUAGAUUGUUCUUCAUGUUCUUUUGCUUCUUGAGCCAUGCUUGUAGUGAGUCUCUGAAGCCAACUAAUAGAUCGUGCAUAGAAGGACACGGGGUUUUAUUUUUCCCUUGCUCACUGUUACCCACAGGAAAAAUUUACAGUCACGAGACAGCUGAAGUUACCAAAACAAUAAAGCAACUACAUUCUUGUGAUGUGCUGUCUUUUUUAUUAUUAUUAUUAUUCGCUUACUCACAGAUUCACAAAGUUCAGCAGUUGGUAGUGGGUUACCAAGUCAUUCAUUAGUGCAAAUUCAUAAAGUUCAACGACAUUUAGCCCUCUUAACUGUCUUUUAGGCGAGCCACACACACUUCUGUUGCCCUGCCUUUGACUUUUUUUUUUAAAGCUUCCUCCAUUCUAACCAGCAUAAACCAUAAUUUAGGUGGAUUUACACUUGAAAUUAAUGAUAUAUUUAUGAAAAUGGCUUUGCAGAAGAUAUUUGGUGUAGUAUGAAAAACCUUCAAAUGGCAGUUGUUGAACCUCUUAUGGGAAGUUAACGCAAGCUAGCAGUCUGUCGGGUCAGUUGCAGUACCGCUGCUAUCAAGGUUCCGUACAGGUAACAGCUCCACAGCAAACUGUGCAUUUGGAAUACAAAGCCUCAGGAGAAUCCGAUAUGUAGAAAAAUAAAAUUUUGGCAGAAUUCAGUUGCUGUAUUGGAAAGAUAAAAGAACAGAUAUAGCUAUUUUUUUUCUGCAUGUACACUUUUAACAGUGCAAUAUGAUAUGUUACAGAAAUGUUUUUAAUCAUAGUCUAAGAAAUCAUUUUCAUGUGUGUACAAAAAUUCUGUAUAAGUUAAAUGUAAUGGAAUUUACAGUUAAUAUUAAAGCAUAAUACAAAUGGUAAUUUAAAACAUUUUUAUUAUAGGGAAGCACAGUUUGCUAAAAAGUAGCAUUUAAUAUAAUUCACAUGAAUAAAGUGUGGUAACUUUUUUUAAAUAUCUUUGCAGUUCAGCAAAUGCCCUCAACACCAAAAAAAAUCACUUUUUAUUACUGUGUACUUAGGAGAAACUUGGUCUACAUAAAAGAAUGACAGGCUUUAGACAUACUUAAUUCAGGUACAUCUGAAUUUCUACAGGAACUUAAGAGGAAUAAGAGUAUUUAAUACUUUAAAAUACUUUUAACUGUGCAAAGCUUAUAUAACUUUAUUUUAUUUGGGUUUACUAGAUCCAAUAACUGAAACUGAACAUGAGCAUAGAAAGCAGCAAAGUUCACAUUACCUUUUGUAGACCCUUACAUCUCAGUUUACAUUAAUAUACUCUGUGAAGUUGUGAAAAGAAUAUAGAUUGAAAAAGUAAAAAAAAAAAAAAAAAAAAAAAACACACACCUGUAA